AUGGCUGGCGAAUCAUCCAAAGCUCUCUCCCUGCUCCAUUACCCACACUCUCCUCAACAGUCGGAACCACCAGAUGAUGAAGAGGAUUUUUUUAAUUUAGAUGCCGAGGUUGAUGACCUGCUUGAUGCUCAAACGGAUUUAGUUCUUAUUGGCAAGGUUUUGGAUGGUAAGGCUUAUCACCAACAAGCUGUUACUGAGGCCCAUGUGGCGGCUUGGCACCCCAUAUGGGAGAUUCAGAUUCCUAAUUUGGAUGACAAUGGCCAGCUUUCCCAUUCCUUUUCCCACGCCUCGUCUCUGGAGAUGAUACCCCACCACCCAAUCCCAGAUACCCACAUCAUUGAGCCAACAUUCCAGGAAUCAUCAUCCCAGAUCAUAGUGAUUGAUGCUAAGGUGUCAUCAAAACUCCAUCCUCCAUUUUUCCUAACCUGCAUUUACGGAGACCCUAUCAAGGCCAAUAGACAACAAGUUUGGGAUACAAUAUCAGCUUUUGGAGCCCAUCGCCAUGACAAUUGGACGUGUAUAGGAGACUUCAAUUCCUACUUGUCGUGGCAUGAGAAGAAAGGUGGAAGGUUGAGUAGUGCUAAGGAUAUGGAUCAAUUCAGAAGCUUCCUUAAUUCUUGCAGGCUUAUGGACAUUGGUUCCCAUGGUCCCUCCUUCACAUGGGACAACAAGAGAAAAAGAAUUGGAAACAUUAAGGUUGAGCUUGAUCGUGCUCUGACAAAUGGCAACUGGAGAACUACGUUUGCAGAGGCGAUCGCUUAUGUUUGUACUCUGACUGGCUCGGAUCACCUUCCUCUCAUAGCAGACACUGAAGGUGGGUUUUCUUCUGAGAAACGCCCAUUUCUCUUCGAAAAUAAGUGGUUCACCCACCCUGAGUGUUUUACCAUAGCUCAGAAGGCCUGGUCCAUUCCUAGAUGCAGAUCUCACUGUAGUACCCUGCUCCUGAAAUCGCAUAAUUGCAAGGAAGUUUUUUCAAAUUGGAACAAGGACUGCUUUGGAAAUGUCCAACAGAAGAUUAGGAAUUACCUUACAAAGAUGGAAACUCUUAAAGACAAAGGUGGGCCUAAUGUCUUGUCUAGGUUGGGUGAAUUGGAAAAACUUCUAGAUAUGGAGCUUCAAAGGGAGGAACUCCUGUGGCAACAAAAGUCCCGUGUCCAAUGGCUGAAAGAAGGAGAUAGGAACACCAAAUAUUUUCACAUAUCCACCAUUCAACGUCGCAGUAGGAGUAGGGUUCUAAAGCUUCGGUUGGGUUCUGGUGAAUGGGCAAGAUCUGAAAAAGAAAUUUUUGCUGAGUUUCUAUCUCGCUAUCAGGACAUCUUCUUUGCUCAAGGUCUUGAAGAGGAAGCGCUUGAGGUGGUUCUCCAUUCGAUCUUCCCAACUGUUACACCACACAUGAAUGAUAUACUCUGUAAAAUCCCUGAUGCCGAAGAAAUCAAAUCUACUCUCAAGGAUAUGGCCCCCUUAAAAUAUCUGGGGCUUGAUGGUCUCCCUGCUGCUUUUUUCAAAUGUACUGGAACCUGGAAUGGAGUCCUUUCCUCUGAAAUGAAUGAAACUUACAUCUGCCUUGUUCCCAAAGUAGAUCAACCAGAGAAGGUAGACCAGUUCAGGCCCAUUUCCCUAUGUAAUGUAUCUGUUAAAAUCAUAUCUAAGAUUUUUGCAAACAGAUUGAAAGGGUGCCUUGAUGAUAUUAUAUCUCCAUAUCAGUUCGCCUUUGUUCCAAGAAGAUCUAUUUCAGACAACAUCCUGAUGGCACAUGAAGCUUAUCACUACAUCAAGAAGAGGACCAAAGGAAAGAGGAAGCUGAUGGCAAUCAAGCUUGACAUGGCAAAAGCCUAUGAUCGGCUUGAGUGGAAGUUCAUAGAGAAGGUGUUUCUCCGGCUGGGCUUCAGUGAGAAAUGGGUUCAUAUGAUUAUGGCUUGCAUCACCUUGGUCAAUUACAAACUUCUCAUCAAUGGCUCUAUAAGAGGGGGUGUCAUUCCUUCCAGAGGCAUUAGACAAGGAGAUCCCUUGUCACCGGCUAUCUUUGUGCUCUGUUCCCAUGCUCUUAGUUCUCUUUUGAUGGUUGCCACUUCUCAUGGGCCCAUUCAAGGGAUUAAGGUGCGUAACAGGAUUACUCCUCUUACCCACCUCCUUUUCGUUGAUGACUCCCUUGUCUUUUAUGGAGUAUCCCUACAGGAGGUUCAAAAUAUUAAAGCAUGCUUGGACAUUUACUGUGAUGCUAGUGGCCAACAAAUAAAUUGUGGCAAGUCUUCCCUCACCUUCAGUCCCAAUACCCACCCUCGAUUUAAGAGGUGGUUCUCCCGAAUCCUUAAAAUGACUUAUGGGGAUGGACCUCGAAAAUACCUAGGCCUUCCUAUAGAAAUUGGAGUGUCUAAGCAUGAGAUCUUCAAGGAGAUUAAGGAGAAAACGAUCAACAGAAUGCAAGGCUGGAAACAGAAGUUUCUCUCAAAGGCUGGUAAGGAGGUCCUAAUAAAGUCAGUAGCUAUGUCUAUGAACUCUUAUGCAGCAUCUCACUUCAAGCUGCCGCAAAUUUACUUCCCCAAUACUGACUUCUUGUCUGCUAAUCUGGGCUCAAAUCCAUCAUGGGGAUGGCGUAGUAUCAUAGAAGGAAGGAAAAUCAUUCUUGACGGCUUAACCUGGUUUGUCGGAGAUGGUAAAAGUAUUAAGAUUCUGGAAGAUAAGUGGCUCACCUCUAAAUCAGACUACAAGAUCCAGCAUGGAUUGAGAAAUUCUUGGGCCUUAGUUUGGGUUUUCGAACUUAUAGAUGAGGAUGCUAGGAGUUGGAAGAGUGAGCUCAUCUCGACAGCUUUUCACCCUGAAGAUGCCAAGGCCAUCCUUCAAAUUAAGCUCAGCAUUUUCUCUAAGCCUGAUCAGAGAGUCUGGAGUGGUUCACCUAAUGGAGUCUACACAGUCAAAGCCGGCUAUCACUUUUUGUGUAAUAAACGUAAUCAAAGAGAAAGAGAAGCCACAGCCUCUUCAUCUUCCAGCCUUGAUCUUUCCAUCCCUGAUGCAACAUGGAAGAAGAUUUGGAAUUGCCAUACCCUAACAAAAGUUAGAAGUUUCCUCUGGAGAGCAUGUUCAACGAGCAUAGCCACUGGAGAAGGGCUCCUAAAACAAAAUAUUAAAAUUGACCCUACGUGUCCUCGAUGUGGAGCGUUGGAGACUGUGGAUCACCUCCUCCUUGAUUGCCCAUUUGCGAGGUCAGAGUGGUUUGGAUCGAUGCUCUCUUUCAUACCCCCUCCUAGUCCCAAACUUCACCUCUUUAUCCAACAAUGGAAUGGCCUCCGUAGCUAUGACAAGAAGACCAGGAAGGAAGCCUUAGGGUUAGCGGCUUUUAUCUGCUGGGCUUUGAGGAAAGCUAGAAACGAGAGCUUAUUUAAUGGGGUGAGGCAAGGUCCUUUAGAGGUCAUUAAAAUUGUAGAGGUUUGGUUUAAUGAAUUCAAUGAAGCUUUAAAUAGUACGAAGGCGAGUUCCACAGUUGAAACAAACAAGUUACUCUCGUGGCUUCCCCCUAAGCAGAAUUGGUUCAAGUUAAAUACGGAUGCCUCUUCCAAAGGGGAUCUCAAAGGCCUAGGCUACGUCAUUCAUAAUGAUCAAGGUAUCCCUAUCACUGCAGUCUCUGCCCCGAGUGUCUUCACCUCUGUUCUCAUGGGGGAGGCCUUAAGCCUGCGUUUGGGUUUGUUGCUGGCUAUUGCUGAAGGCAUCUUUAAUUUGGAAGUUGAGUCAGACUGUUUGCAGCUUAUCUCUAUCCUUAAUGAUCUACUGGCUAUGGUUGGUUUGUUCUUCUGUGUGCGGUCUAUUGGUUUGUCUGUUAUGGCAGAAGCAUCUUUGGAUUUGGAUGCUCUAUGCGAAGAGGAUUAUGAUCACUCUUCUUCGAUAGACUGA